AUGCCGCUAGCAGCGACGGCGCCUCGGUCGAGACUGACGGCCACCAAGGCACGCCAACCCGUCGCAUCUUCCUCGGCUUCCUCUUCAGCAACCAUAUCGGCGCAUCCGACUUCCACCUCCGUCCGAUCCAGACCAGCCAAUGCAGCACCAAAUCAUUCGGUACCUUCACAACCGCCACCGUUGGCACUAGAGCUGCCACCUUCGCUUCCGACGCUCUCCGAGCUCGAAACAAUCAACGAGAUUAAGCCUAGCCCUCAACUCAUCGCUCGGCGCCUCAUCUCGCUAGCCCGCUCCUUUCUCGCUCUCAACGCCGAUCAAGAUUCCCAUGAUCCUUGGGAUUGGGAGAUCGACCUGUGCUCUGCCACCUUCUUCUCCAUCUACGCCGUGUGUCUCGACCCGUCGUCCACGGUCGCUCGCAGCACACUGGCGAGAUGCGCUCGUCACGGAGGCUUCAACAUCGUUCUCCCCUUCAGCCCUUCAGCCAGUGCAGCAUCGGCCAUCGUUUCUGCCUCCAGACUCAGCUCGCAGGAUCCUCACGAUACCGCAGGCGCUCACGCCUGCAUCCACAUCCUUCAGCAAGGCUCGGCCGCUACGUUUCAGGAUGCUGCAAGCGCAAGGGAGUACCGCGACGCUUGUCGCACCCUUGGCAGACCAUCCGAUGCACUCGAGGUCGCUCAUCUGCUCCGAGACAAGGCGCUUGGCAAGAGAAAAGCCAUUGAAUCGCCAAGCGACGAUAUGCCUCUACCGCAAAUCGUCUCGUCACAGUCGCGAUACCAGUCGCAGCUCCAGACCGACGAAGCAUACAGUGCAGCAAGUCGUGGUCGCAGUCAGCACGCGCAGACUGCAUUCAUCCAAGCCAUCGAGCUCGACCCUUUCAACUGGCGUGCCUGGGCCGGCCUCUGCGAUACCGGCUACGGCGCGGCCACCGCCAACAAGCACCUGGGCGCGUCCGCUCUCGAUCGCCUCUACUCUGGUUUGGUCGCUCAGGUGCAGGCGCCCUACAUAGCCAUGGAGUCUUCGAUCAAGUCGAGUGUGCCUUUCUCGACUGGACAAGCCGAGUCAUCCACCAUGAUCCGCAAGGUGUCGGAAGACGGCGCCAACAAGAAGCUCAAAGUGUCAUCAGAUGCUCCCCCCAUGCCUUCCUUGCCAUCUGGCCCUGCUCGCAAUGGUGCAUCAUCCAGACCCAUUGACAAAAUGACGGCGCCGCCUCUGCCUACCACAUCAGCCAGUGCGGUUACCGCAACACGUCUGCAUCCAGCUUCUCGAGCUCUAUCAGCCGCUCAGACCAACACGCAUCAUCUCGAGGCCGUGGUUGCCGACCAAGACGACGUCAAAGCAGCCAAAGUGGGCGGCAACGCUACUCGACCGACUCGACCAGCGGGCAUACGUACCGCAACCGUCGCUCCUCCCACAGCAGCAAAUGCACGCCAAUUACGCUCCACACGCGGCAAUACCGGCGCGCCAGCAUCAGCGACCACCGUUUCUCGUUCGGCGGCCGCUCCCAACAGAGCAGGCGCCACAAGUGCAGCCGGCAGCGUAUCAUCCACUUCGUCAGCCUCUUCAACCACGUCCAUGUCGUCCCGCGCGACCGUCUCGACCGCACGAACAGCCGUGUCCGCCAAGAGAGUUGCAUCUGGAGCGCCUGGUCAGACCGCAGCGCGCAGCACAGCCACCAAGCCUACCACUGCAUCCUCGGCGCGCACUGCUGCCGGAACAAACGGAGCCAGCGUUCAACAAAAGAGGACCACGGCUGCUCCCACCAGUCGCCUCGCAACCGCUGGCAACACGAGUCGCCCGGGAAGUGCCAUGUCCAAAGCCAGCUCCAGCUCGGCCGGCGGUGCCAACACAACUGUGCGAAGCAACGGUGCAUUCGCUUCCAGCCGCACAGCAGCCGAAGCCAUGCGUCUCAAGGAGGAAUCCGACGCCAGAGCCAAGCUCGAUUCGCUCAACGCACUUCGCGGAUCAAGCGUGCAUCAGCUUACAGCCAUGGCACAUCAGAAAGCCGCGGACAGGUACGUGCUUGCACUGCUCGCUCAGGUUGGCGAGGCAUAUCGGCUGUUGCGUCUGUGCGAAGGGGACAAAGCUGCAGCUGUUUUAUCGAUCCCGAUUCUUGCGGAGGCCAUUCCCGUUAUGGACAGCAAGCAGCAACCGCUCGAGUUGAACGGCGAAGCGUCCUCCAGCAGCAGCACAGCCGCCACCAUCUCCAUAACCGAAGCCACGCGAUUCCUCGAUCUCCAAGUCAAGGACAGCCUUCUCCAUCACCUCCUCUUGGCGCGAAGCUACGCCGAGAGCUCCCAAUACGCCUCUUCCGAAUCCCACUUCACGGCCGUCACCAAGCUCAACCCGUACAUCGCCUCCCACGUGGACAUCUUCUCCCUCGUCCUCUUCCACCUCUCCCGCGAAGUACGGCUCUCGGCACUAGCGCAGCACCUCUCGCUCAUCUCUCCCUCCACCGCUUCCACCCACAUUGUCGUCGGAAACGCAUUCUCGCUCCAGAAGGAGCACCAGACCGCGCUCGUCUGCUUCCAGCGUGCCGCAGCGUCGGCGCCGGACUAUGCGUACGCGUACACGCUCGCGGGCCACGAAGCGCACGAUCUGGGCAUGCACGACGAAGCGAUCGCCUACUUCCGUUCCGCCAUCCGGUGCGAUCGCCGGCACUGGAACGCCUGGGCCGGCCUGGGUCGCGUCUACCUCGGCAUCGGCGAACACGAACAUGCCGCGAGCAAGAGUCUCCAGCAGGCGAUCCACAUCAACCCCUCGAACCACAUCCUCUGGGAUCUGGUGGGGUGGACCUUUUCGCUCCUCAACGCUCCGGCCAAGGCGUUGGAGUGCUACGAUCGCGCCAUCGAGCUGGCACCGGGAGCGGGGGUGUUGACGUUGCUGAGGAGGGCGGAGCUGUUGCUGCAGCAUGGGGAUGCCGAGUCCAGCCAUCGGGAUUUGUGCAGGGCGUGCGAGCUGGCUCCGGAAGAAGCGAGUGUGCACAUCCUUCUGGCGCAGUCGUAUAUGAGGUUGGGCGGGGGCCAGUUCUGUCACCUGGAAGGUGGAAGUGGCAAGGCGGGCAGAGCGACAGGCACCAUGGUGUUGCCGACAAAGUACCACGCCGAGAUCACGCAUCAUCUGAGCGUCGCGGUGGAUCUAGACCCGACCCUGCUGCGCUUGGUCAAGAGCAUCUGCGAAGGGUACAAGAGUCUCCCGGGCAACAAGCUGGAGUUCAGCAUGAUGGAUUCCAUGGUCAGUGGACAGUCGGUCGACGAGAGUGGCGGAGAGUAUAGUGCCAGAGGUUACGAUGCGAGUGCGAUGGCGAACUCUACUCCGCACCACAUGUUUCAGUAUGGAUCAGCAGCGGCGGCGGCGGGAGCAGCGGGGAUGAUGAAUCCUCCGGCGGAUUUUGCGUCUACUCAUCCGAACCAUGAUGCAGGGAGCUUCUUGAACACUGCCAACUCGAGUUUGGAUAUUGUACUUCACGAUGCCGACGUCUCACUCUAG